UAUUGAAAUUUUCCUCGAAAAGCUUCAACAGUCAUUCCUGAUCAAGUAAUGAAAAGUGACCCAAUGUCAGGCCUUCAUGUGGUGACAGUGAGCAUGCGCAAAAAACACCCGCUUCCCAAGUAAUUUUGGAUAAAUAUUUUUUAUACAGAUAAAUAGAAAAACUGGAGAACCAUACAUUUAAGAAGGGGUUAUUUGCAUAACUUGAAGUGACAAGGAUAUUGAAUAGUCAAGCGUUUCUGUCCUCCAGCAGCACUUGUUUUUGAAGGUAACAGUGUGAUGGAUAUGGUUUGGUUAGUUUUCGUGGUAACCAUGGUGACUGUUGUCUCAGCUUCAGUUUUCCCAAAUCUUGACCAUAUUAGUCCCUCAGCCAGUUUGGAGGACCAGCGCCAUGCAGCACAGGAAUUAAUAUUUCGAGUACUUGGUUCGAGUUCAGGUAGUUUUAAAGUUGACAUCAUCACAAACAAUGAUCAGGAAUAUAGAGACACUUUCAAUUUGGUCUCAGAUGGCAAUAAUGUGACAAUAUCAGCAACUUCAGGUGUUGCCGCGGCAAUGGGUUUCUAUUAUUUCCUGAAGACAAAAUGCGGGUGUCAAUUUACCUGGGCCGGGGAGCAGCUGAGCCUUCCUAGUCCACUUCCUGUGAUCUCCAAACCUGGUAUCACUGUAACAACAAAUGAUAGAUUUCGUUACUACCAGAACGUGUGCACACCCAGUUACUCGUUUGUUUGGUGGGAUUGGGAGAGAUGGCAGCGACAUAUAGAUUGGAUGGCAAUGAAUGGUAUCAAUCUACCACUGGCAUUUACAGGACAGGAAGCUAUAUUUCAGAGGGUUUAUAGAAAACUAGGAUUUACAGAUGAACAACUUCAGCAUCAUUUUGGAGGACCAGCCUUUCUUGCAUGGGCAAGAAUGGGUAACAUGCAAGGAUGGGGUGGGCCGCUACCUCAGACCUGGAUAACUGAUCAGCUGACCCUUCAGAAAAAAAUCCUUGGUCGUAUGAGAGAGUUAGGGAUGACACCUGUACUGCCAGGUUUUGCUGGUCAUGUGCCCAUGUCCAUAACCAAGAUAUAUCCGAAUGUCAAGGUCAGUCGACUCAGUGAUUGGGGACAUUUCAACCAGACCUACUGCUGUACAUAUUUGCUGGAUUUUCAAGAACCUCUUUUCCAACAGAUUGGCACAGCCUUUAUACAAGAGAUGCAGUCUGAGUUUGGAGUGGAUCAUGUGUACAAUGCUGACUCCUUCAAUGAAAUGAAUCCAUCAUCAAAUGAUACAAGCUAUAUAAGGUCAGCAGGAAAAUCUGUUUACAGUGCCAUGACUGCUGCAGAUCCUCAAGCUGUAUGGUUGAUGCAAGGCUGGUUGUUUCUUCUGUCGGGAGCCUCAUUCUGGCAACCAGAACAAACAAAAGCUUUGUUGACCUCAGUUCCACAGGGUAGAAUGAUAGUCCUGGAUCUGUUUGCUGAAGUGUUACCAGUCUAUAAAUCCACCCAUUCAUUCUAUGGACAGCCAUUUAUAUGGUGUAUGUUGCACAAUUUUGGAGGCACUAUGGAGCUCUAUGGAGUGAUAGAUAAUGUAAAUGAGGGGCCAUUUAAUGCUAGAAAGUUUGUCAACAGUACAAUGAUAGGAACAGGUCUGACCCCAGAAGGGAUUUUCCAGAACGAAGUCAUGUAUGAAAUUAUGAAUGAAAAUGCCUAUGCAGCAAGUCCUAGAAACCUCACUGAAUGGUUCUCUGACUUUGCAAGGAACAGGUAUGGGAAGUAUAACCAAGAUGCUGAUCAAGCAUGGCAGUUGUUAAAGCAUACGGUAUACAACUGUACUGACACACAUAGCAAUGGUUGGGUGAAUGUUUUACCAACACAGAAGCCGAGACUUGCUCUAUGGCAAGAUAUCAGUGUAUAUAACAACACAGAUAUGAUGACAGACCAUAGUAAAAAUGUGAUACCAACCUCUAGGCCAAAUAUCAAGCCACAUAUACCAGAUAUUUGGUAUAACCCUGAACAAUUAUACAGUGCCUGGAAUCACAUGGUAAAAGCUUCAAAUUUGCUUGGUAACAGCAGUCUGUUUAGGUAUGAUUUGGUAGAUAUAGCAAGGAACAGUCUACAAGUAAUCUCUACAAAGUUUUACACAGAGGCGAUAGCAGCUUACAAAGAGAAAGACAAAGAUAUGUUGAAAACAGCCAGCAAGGAUCUCCUUGAGAUACUUAAUGAUAUGGAAGUGUUGCUGGGCUCUGACAUUCACUUCGUGCUGGGUCCCUGGAUCAGAGAUGCCAGGAAACAUGGACAUACUGUAGCAGAACAAAAUUUGAUGGAAUAUAAUGCCAGGAACCAGAUUACAUUGUGGGGACCAAACGGGGAGAUACGAGAUUAUGCUGCAAAGCAGUGGUCUGGACUGCUCUCUGGAUAUUAUACAAAAAGGUGGCAGAUGUUCCUUGGCAAUCUUCAGCAGUGUUUAGAAAAGGAUAAACCAUUUAGACAGAAGUCAUUUGAUAAUGCAGUGUUGGAAUCUGUGGAAAAACCUUUCACAUUUGACAGAUCACCGGUUCCAAUUACACCUACAGGAGAUUCUGUGAAGAUUGCAAGUGAUUUGUAUAAGAAAUAUGUUCCCACAAUGCAAUCUGGUUUUUACCGCCACCUUAAGGAUUGGUCACAACAAGGCUGGAAGAAUUAUUCGAUGCUGUCUCUGAACUGGGUCAAGAAGAAAAUUAAUGGCAGCUUGAAAGAACGAGGCACAGUUCAUUCCAUGAUAUGUUGUAGGACCACAUGUUUAUGUUAAAACAUUGCUGUGAUAUUUUAAUGUAUCAACGUGACAAACAGCCCUAUCUGAUGGCUCUAACUCAUAUGUGCAUGUAUACCUUUAUAGCUCACCUGAACUUUGUUCAGGAUGAGGUAUUAAUAUAGUUGGAUUGACCAUUGUCCAGCAUUCUGCUUCAUCAUAAACAAUUUUUCCGUUGGAAACUGCUUGUCAGAAUUAUGCUAAACCUGAUCUAUAUUAUCCUGGCACAGACCUCUCUCAAGUUUAUUCAAGGGGAAAAAAUGUAAACAAUUUAUAUAUAUUAUCAAAUAGAAUCUACCGCUUUACUUGCAUAUUUUUGUGUCUACUGCAAACUUUGAAUCAUCUCAUCAAGUCAAGAUCUGAAUACUCUAUAUGUGUCUGAACAUUAUUAUAUGGCUCUGUAUUACCUUCAUAUUGUAAUAAUUUUGUUUAUACUGUAUAAUUGCAUUGCUAUUGUGUUUGUAUGCUAUGUACAAAGAAUGAUUAAUAAAUUUGGUUUAAGAUUGGAUUGGAAAAAAAAAUUGACGUCAAAAUGAUUAUGAUAGUUUUGAGUUUCAGAGAUUAAUAACUUCAAAAUCAUGCAACACUGUAUCAAUCAAAAGAAUGUGAAUGUAAGAAAAACAAAACUGUAAAACUAUGUAUGAGUCACUUGCUGAGUAAUUUGUUUUGGGUAUGAGGUACAUCAGUUUUGUACUUUAUACACACACAGUGUAUUCCAGACAGGAAAUGAACUACAAAGCCAUAAUUCAUUUCUUCAUUGUAUACAUUUUAUGUUUGUAAAGUUGAACUUCGUUCGCUUGAACUCGACGGGACCAGCAAAAUUUGUGCAAGUUAUUGGUAGUUCAAGCCAUCAAACAAAAUGCUCUGUAUAGGGAUUUUGCCAGGACCUGACGUUGAGUUCAAGUGUGGGUGGUGUUCGGAUUACCUGAGUUCGAGAGUGAACGAAGUUUGACUGUAUAUGUAUUAUAUUUGCAUGAUUGGUGUAAGGGUCAACUUGAAUCUCAGUGAAGACUUUGAUUUUUGUCAUUUUGAAAUGAGAUAAUGAAAUAUAGAUACUAUAAACUUAGAAAUUAUUUUGGACUUUGUAAAUUAGCAAAAUCAGCAAGGAUAUUAUAUUCCAAACUUAUACAGUCAAGAAAUAGUGCUAGAUAUAUUUUAUACAAUAAUAUCACUGUCAAGAUACCAGCAUUUAUAGAUGUAAAGAUUUCAGUUGACGGAAAAACACGAAAUAUUACCAUUGCCAACAUUACUUGGUCUACAGUAGUCUAAAUUGAAUGAUGCAUAGUUGGUUUUUGUGUGUUUAAUGUUUAUGACUUUAUUGUGCAAGUGUCUUAAUUGUACAGUUUGAAUUGUUAUGGUUAAGUGGAGAAGAAAAUAUCAAAUUUUAUUUAAUGGAAAUGUCUCUGUUAAAGUUUACUUACUCAGAAAAGUUUCAAAGUAUCCUUGUAAGAUACAUUAACAACACUUUAAUGCAAAUAAGGAGACAAAGUGAAUCUUCCACUCCCACGAGUAGCUGAAAAGGAAAUCCCACUACUGUUGAGAUAUGUAAAAAAAGAGGUUCUAUCGAGGUUCUGAAUAUAUUGCAAGUCAGGGGUGGGAUUCCCUUAUCAGCAACUUCAGGGUAGACUUAUUUUCUCACCAUUUGUUUUAGGAUUAUUUCUAUGUUUUUAUGUGAAAAAUUAUGCACCCACUAUAUAAAAUGGCUUAUUUAGAUACAGUAGUCGUUGACUGGUGUGAGACAGUCUUAUUUCGCACUGGUUUGUUAGUUGGGAUACCAUGUUUUAAAGGUGAGAAAAUCAUUAUUCUACACAAGUUUUCAGAAUGUCAGAUAAACAUUUUAUAGUGGACUACAUUUACAUUUGUUAUUAUUUGUGUAUGUAUAUAUUUGUGGAAUUCACGAUUGAUUGUGUAUGUAUAUGACCAUGCAGUGACUGAAAGAAAGAGAUAAUGUUUUUGUAUUUUUGCCAUCUUAAAAGAAGAAGCAAAUAUUGUUUAUUGUUUUGCUGAAACUGAAUAGUUUUAUUAAACGCCUAUUUCUAUACAAUGACGUAUUCAGUGGUGUUGUACAUAAUAAUUAUAAUAAUAAUAAUAACUUAAUUUAAACAAACAGUCAUGACUGCACCUUGCCCCCUGAGGCCAUUUUACCCCUAUUGCCGAAUACCAGUGCUUAAAGCCUUACAUGGUACGCCCAGACGGGCUGCAUAUAGAGGUUCAAACCCCACGGUUAAUGGUGCCAUCAUUUAUUAUUUUAAAAAAAGAAAUACUACACACUGCCCUACCCAUAGAGCCUGUACCAGCAAGUACAUUUAAUUUAACAAACCGUGAAAAUAUAAAUGUUGAAAUGUAAAAACUUUAACACAGGUGCUCUGCCAAUAUGACAGCUAUACAUGAAAGAAAAGUAUCUUAAACUCAAUCCUUGCUUUCACAGGCAACCAAUGUAAGUUUGAAACUGUCAGAUUUCUUCCUGUUUAGGACAAGUUUUGGGCACAUGUUUUGAAUACGUUUACUGUUAAUACAUUGGCAUGCCUAGGUGUCCUUUUGUAGAGCAGUUGGUUUGUGACGCUUGAACUGCAGCAGUCAAACUUAAUAGGAUCCUGUGUGUAGUAGAUCACAUAUAUAUUUUUGGGGGUCAGAAGGGUAAAGGUCAAGUUCACAGUGACCUUCAGAGGCUUCAGACAGAAAAAGGUUUCCAAUCAGUAAUUGAGAUUGUUUGAGCCUCGGUCAGUCUAUCUUCCUAAGGUGAUUGUCUGUAAUCAGCAGAGGAUGUUUUUUGUUUCGGGGUCAGUGGUUAAAAUUUAUAAAUUACUUGGUGCUGAAAAAUAUACACCUAAUUACAUCCAACAGGCCAUCAUGGGAAGGUUUGUUAUGUUAAAAAUAGAUCUUGCACUGUGAAAUUUUUAGUGAAUAUGUAGCAGAUAUGUUUAAAAUAAAUAAUAAAAGUGCCAUAUUUUUGUAUUAAAAUUAAAUAUUAAA